CUUCCAGAUCCUCAACAGAACACUCCUCUGCUGACACCAUGUGCUAUUAUGCCAACUGCUAUGGUGGCCUGGGCUACGGCUGUGGUGGCCUGGGCUACGGCAGUGGCUGUGGCUAUGGCUAUGGUGGCUAUGGUUACGGCUGUUGCCGGCCUCUGUGCUGUAGAAGAUACUGGUCCUAUGGUUUCUACUGAGCAAUUCCCACAGUGCUCAGUCUAUUGGCUCUAACCUUCUUUAAUUAAUUGAAAUCAUCUCCAACUUUCUUCACAUGAGAAAUAUUCAAGUAUCUUCAAAAACAACUGAAUAAUUCAAACAAUACAAUGCAGCAUGCCAUUUUGCUUUAUCAGUAUGUUUCAGAUUAUGUGAUAAUUUGUAGAAAAAUUUUGUUAUUAACAUUGUAUGCAUAAUUGUAUGCAAUCAAUUUUACUCUAAUUUCUGUGUAAAAUGUAUUAUUAAAUUAAUUAUUACGAAUACUGAUCUGUUGCAGUUGUACUGCACUGCAUUGUUCAUAUGGUUUUGCAUUCGUGUUUGGUAUGUGUGGUUGUAGUGUGGGAUAGAAAAAAGAGGAAGAAAGUUGAGAGAGAAAGAGAAAGAGAAAAAGAGACAGAGAGAGACAGAGAGAGAGAGAUCAAGCUCUUUAAAUAUAGCUGCCUAAAACUGAACAAGGUAAAAUAGCAGUUCUUUGUGAAAGAUCAUAUGAAUUUGUUUUUACAUACAUUUUUAUCUCCCCUACUAUUUCGAUUUGCUUAUACUCAUCUAAAUUUGUAAAAUAACCAUUUCCACAAUGACACUUAUAUGUACAC